GAUGCCCCGCCGCUGCUGAUCCGGCCCCGGCGACGCCCGCUCCUGCCCCCCGCCAGGUUGAGGAUGUCUGGGAUCUGUUCAGAGGAAGUGGCCAUGUCACGAGUAACUCGCCCACCCACCUUCCCAGUGAGCUUUCAGCUCCUUGUGCUGGUGUUGCUCUGCCAUGCAGAUGGCAUACAUGCAGAGAGCCCCAGUGAACUGCCAGGGAAUGACACCGAGGAGUGUGCUGGCUCAUACAUCUGCAAAAAGGGUGUGAUUUUACCAAUAUGGGAACCCCAAGACCCCUCAUUUGGUGACAAAAUCGCUCGGGCAACAGUGUAUUUUGUAGCAAUGGUGUACAUGUUCCUGGGAGUGUCUAUCAUAGCUGACCGCUUCAUGUCCUCCAUCGAAGUCAUUACAUCCCAAGAGCGAGAAAUAACCAUCAAGAAGCCCAAUGGUGAGACCAGCAAAACCACUGUGAGGAUCUGGAAUGAGACCGUUUCCAAUCUCACACUGAUGGCCUUGGGCUCGUCCGCCCCCGAGAUCCUCCUGUCCGUCAUCGAAGUGUGUGGCCAUGGCUUCACAGCAGGGGACCUGGGCCCAAGCACGAUUGUGGGAAGUGCUGCCUUUAACAUGUUUGUCAUCAUUGCGAUAUGUGUGUACGUGGUUCCAGAUGGAGAGAUAAGGAAGAUCAAGCACUUGCGAGUGUUUUUUGUUACGGCGGCCUGGAGCAUCUUUGCCUAUACUUGGCUUUACAUUAUUUUAUCUGUGUCUUCACCUGGGAUUGUGGAGGUUUGGGAAGGCUUGCUCACCUUCUUCUUCUUCCCCAUCUGUGUGGUGUUUGCCUGGAUAGCUGACAGGAGGCUUUUGUUUUACAAGUACGUCUACAAGAAAUACCGAGCUGGCAAGCAGAGAGGUAUGAUCAUAGAGCAUGAGGGUGACCGGCCCUCAUCCAAAGCUGAUAUUGAGAUGGACGGAAAGGUUGCUAAUUCUCAUGUGGAGAACUUUUUGGAUGGGACACUGGUGUUGGAAGUGGAUGAGAAAGACCAGGAUGAUGAGGAAGCCAGAAGGGAAAUGGCUCGGAUCCUGAAGGAGCUGAAACAAAAGCACCCAGACAAGGAAAUCGAACAGCUUAUUGAGUUGGCCAACUACCAGGUCCUGAGCCAGCAACAGAAGAGCAGGGCAUUUUACCGCAUCCAGGCCACUCGGCUCAUGACCGGAGCUGGCAACAUCUUGAAGAGACAUGCUGCAGACCAAGCCCGCAAAGCCGUCAGCAUGCACGAGGUCAACAGUGAGGUGACGGAAAAUGAUCCCAUCAGCAAGCUCUAUUUUGAGCAGGGUACCUACCAGUGUUUGGAGAACUGUGGCACUGUGGCCCUGACCAUCAUUCGCCGGGGAGGUGACUUGACUAACACAGUGUACGUUGACUUCCGGACAGAGGACGGGACGGCUAAUGCCGGCUCUGACUACGAGUUCACUGAAGGGACAGUGGUCUUCAAGCCUGGAGAGACCCAGAAGGAAAUCCGUGUUGGCAUAAUCGAUGAUGACAUAUUUGAGGAGGAUGAGAACUUCCUGGUACAUCUCAGCAACGUCCGUGUGAGCACUGAGCCCUCGGACGAGGGCGUUCUUGAGCCCAGUCGUGUCUCAACACUUGCCUGCUUGGGAUCACCAUCUACUGCCACUGUCACCAUUUUUGACGAUGACCACGCUGGUAUCUUCACCUUUGAGGAGCCAGUAACUCACAUCAGUGAAAGUGUAGGAACCAUGGAAGUGAAAGUGUUGCGAACCUCUGGUGCACGAGGAAAUGUUAUUGUGCCCUACAAAACCAUUGAAGGCUCAGCUAAAGGUGGAGGAGAGGACUUUGAAGACACCUGUGGGGAGUUGGAGUUCCAGAACGAUGAGAUAGUCAAAACGAUAUCAAUCAAGGUGAUAGAUGAUGAGGAGUAUGAGAAAAACAAGACCUUCUACCUAGAGAUCGGGGAACCCCGGCUGGUGGAGAUGAGUGAGAAGAAAGGUGGCUUCACCAUCACAGAGGAGAAUGAGGAAAAGCAGCCACUGACCAGCAAGGAGGAGGAGGAGCGUCGCAUUGCAGAGAUGGGGCGCCCAGUCCUGGGGGAGCACACCAAACUCGAAAUCAUCAUUGAGGAAUCCUACGAGUUCAAGAACACAGUGGACAAGCUCAUUAAGAAGACAAACCUGGCCCUGGUGGUUGGCACAAACAGCUGGAGGGAGCAGUUUAUUGAGGCUAUUACUGUCAGCGCGGGGGAAGAUGACGAUGACGAUGAAUGUGGGGAGGAGAAACUGCCCUCCUGCUUUGACUAUGUGAUGCACUUUCUGACCGUCUUCUGGAAGGUCCUUUUUGCCUUCGUGCCCCCGACAGACUACUGGAAUGGCUGGGCCUGCUUUGUUGUCUCCAUCCUCAUGAUCGGCCUCCUGACAGCUUUCAUUGGCGACCUGGCAUCCCACUUUGGCUGCACCAUCGGCCUGAAGGACUCGGUCACCGCCGUCGUAUUUGUCGCGCUGGGGACAUCGGUGCCAGACACAUUUGCCAGCAAAGUAGCAGCAACACAGGACCAGUAUGCAGACGCCUCCAUCGGGAAUGUCACCGGGAGCAAUGCUGUGAACGUUUUCCUGGGAAUUGGGGUAGCCUGGUCCAUCGCAGCCAUCUACCACGCGGCGCAUGGACAAGUCUUCCAAGUCUCACCUGGCACGCUGGCCUUCUCCGUCACCCUCUUCACCAUUUUUGCUUUUAUCAGUGUGGGCGUGCUGCUCUACCGGCGGAGACCCGAGAUUGGAGGUGAGCUGGGCGGGCCGCGGACUUCCAAGCUGCUCACAUCCUCACUCUUUAUCCUC